AUGGAGCCCGAAACUGAGAGGGACCACUGGCGGGAUAUGUUAAAGAAGCCGACCAAGACAACAGACAACGCGGAAGAGCACAGACUGAUUGUGAUAUCCAUCAUAUCCAAGUAUGGUAAAGAACAUUCUUCGAGUCUGCGCGCCAUGGACCAGCUUGCAAAGGUGUACUGGGGCGAGGAUAUGCGAGAUGACGCUAUUGAGGUUCAACGGGAAGCUCUCGACUGGCGCGAAGAGGUAGAUGGGCCUCUGGACACUUUCAAUCUUUCCUCCAUGGAUACCUUAGCCUUCAUGUACUUUGAAAAAGGCCAAUACCAAGAGGCUGAGAAGGUCCUCCUUCAAAGUAUGGAGUUACGAGAACAGGCUGCUCAUUGUGACUCUUCUAGGAGGUUCUUGGCCAAAAUUCUGCUUCAGAAGACAUAUGAAAAACAAGACAAGAAAAACGAUGCUCUGAGGGCCUUGUGGGAAAUCUUGGAGACUCUUUCGAACGCAGCGGGUAUGGAAGGCAAGAGAGAGGACGCUCUGGGAAAUAUUUGGGUACUUUUGAAGUCGCUUUCCAGAGCAACUGGUGCGCAGUUUACACUUUGA